UUUUAGUUGGCAACUGCCCACACGCUGUAACAGACGUAUUUUCGCUCUGCUCGCCCAAAAAAAAAAAAGAAAAGGGAAAUUCAUCUGAAAGAACUGUUUUUGAGGAACGAUUUGUGUGACGUUUUUGAGUUUUGAGAAUAAUAUUUGGAACUUUUGAGUGCUUUCGCCUCCCCCCAGUGCCUAGUGCUGUGUGUGUGCCGCGAGUGUGUUAUUUUGAGUUAUCGCGAUUGCGGCUAAGUGCAAUUAGUGCCACAAAAUUUAGUGCAAUGAAUUGGGAAAUUGUGUGCUCUAGCCAGGCGCAUCAUUAGCAAAUGAAUUAUAUCAGCAACCAGCCGCACCAUCAAAUUCGAUUAAAAUUCACUUGUGUGUGUCAGAGUUUUUGAGAGUGAGAGUUACCAACUGUUUCCAGCUCCAAGUCCAAGAUUUCAUCGAGCCAAAGCCGGACAAUCUGCGGCCAGUCACAGAUUUGCAGCUGCAAAAGUGAGGAGUCAGCUGGGAGGACUGCAAUCCCGCAGCAAAUGAAAUAAGCUGCAGCGGUGCAUGCAAAGCCGUCAACAAAGAACAGUCUAAGCCGCAGCACAGCAGCAGGGAACGCGGAAAAUACACCUAAAAAGUGACGCAAAAAAGGCAGCAAAUACAGCAAGAGAGAGAGAGAACAACAAGAGGAACACAAAGGAGUCGCCAGGAUUGCUUUCUUGUACUUUGGACACACGUGCGCCGCGGCUGCACCGGUGCCCGUGCCCGUGUCCGUGCCUGUGUCCCUGGGUGGCCUUGGUCCUGCCGCCAGCACAACCAUGAAGCUGUCCAAGCUGUCCAACCAAACGAACUCCCAGGAUCCGCAGGCGGUUAACUCGCGCAUCUUUGUGGGCAAUCUGAAUACCUUUCAAUGCUCCAAAACGGACGUGGAGCGCAUGUUCCAGAUCUAUGGGCGACUGGCGGGCAUAUCCAUGCAUAAGGGCUAUGCCUUUGUGCAGUUCACCAAUCCCUUCGAUGCGCGCAAUGCCUGCCACGGCGAGGAUGGCAAGACGGUGCUCAGUCAGACUUUAGAUGUCAACAUGGUGGCCGAGCCGAAGGCGCACCAAAUCGGCAGAAAGCGACAGAAUGUGAGCAAAACCGGCAACGAUUGGGACUACUUCUACGACAGCUACUGCUCUUCCACCCUGCUACGCGGCGGCGGCUCCAAUGGAGUGCGUGCCAAGAAGCGCAAGCGUCUGAUGACCAAUGGCAAUGGCCUGGCCGUGGCCGUGCAGCAGCAACAGCAGCAGCAGCAUGGACAGCAUCAUCAUAGUGCGGCUGCCGCAGUGGCCGCAGCUGCAGCAGCAGCCGUGCAUCACCAGCAACAGCAGCAGGCACAGGCACAGGCACAGCAAGUGCAACAUCAACAGCAGCAGCAACAGCAGCAGCAGCAACAUCAUCAUCAGCAGCAGGUGGCUGCUGUUGCCAUGGCGGCGAUGGCCAAUUUGUUGCCACAACAGCAGCAGCAACUGCUGCUGCAUCAGCAGAGUUUGCUCUCGAAUGCCGCUGCCACGGCAGCAGCCACAACAGCGGCGCCCGGCGCACUCCACUGGUCGCAAUACAAACAGGAGCAACAGCAGCAGCAGCAGCAGCAGCCUCCACAACAAUUUGGAUUCCAACUGAAGAGCAGCGUGGCUGUCCAAGCAACGACAUCGCCACAGAAUGCAAAGUCAGCAAUAAUUGCUAAUCAAACGUCGCUUGCCGAACAGUAUUCAGGCCUUGGCAGUGGAGCUGCUGCUGGGGUCGGGGUCGGGGUCUUUGCCCAUCAGCAACAGCAGCAACAGCAGCAACAAUUGGGUUGCCUGCUGCAGCCAUUAACGCUGGCAUUGUCCCCACAGCAACCGCAGCCGCUGCAGUUGCACAGCCAAUUGAUGCAGCAGCAACAGCAGCAGCAGCAACAAAGGGAGCAACAGCAGCAGCAGCAACGGGAGCAAUUAAGUUUGCAUCAGCAUUUGGGACCUUUCAAAGUGUACAGCAAUCCGGAUACAUUAAUCUGCGGCAAUUGUCGGGAAUGCUUUGGCGAGCUGUCUGAGUUAUUGGACCACAAGAAGAGUUAUUGCAAGCUGAGGUUCACAUGCAAGUGCCAGGAUGUUGCCUUUGCGGCCAGUGCAAAGACACCACCGUCGAGCGCCAAAUUGCUUUGCGCCGUUUGCAAGGAUGCCUUUGGCAAUCCCUGGGAUUUGAUGGUCCACGCACAGGCCGCGCAUAUGGUCAACAUUUACGAGUUGGGCUGCGAUGAGGCAGCGGGCCAGCCCAAUGCCAACCACACGUUGAACAAUGCCACUGCCACGGCCAGUGCAACGUUGCUGGCUGAUGAGGCUGCCACAAAGCAGUUGCCCCCCGUCGCCGCCGUCGCUGCCGUCGCCUCAUCAACACUUAACAAGGAGCCAAAUAACAAUCACAAAAUUAGCAACAACAACCACAACAGCAGCAGCAAUGGCCACAUGUCGCCCACAGGCGAGGCCAUUGUGCUCUCCGCUUCGGUGGAGAACGGCACUGCCAGCGACACGGAGACAAACUGCUUGGCGGACAUCAAAUUUAGUCCCAGUUCCAGUCCCAAGGCGGUGCUGCACUCACAUUCAGCAGUUUUGCUGUUGCUCAAAACGCUUCUCUUGCAGGACCAGCAGCGUGACGACUUGUCGCUGGACGGACGACUGUCCAGCAGCCACUCGGACGAUGUGCACCUGAAUGGGAAGCUGCUGAAUGGCUCGGUGUCCUCGCGCGGCAGCUCCCCGGGACUCGAGACGGACGAAGCGCCAGCCGCCACACGCGCCUGCAUUGUGCGUACUCUGAGCAUUGAGACAUCUGGCCCCACUGCGGCUCCAGCUGCAGCCUCUGCCCUGAGCCUGAUGUCCAAUGGCCUCGGGUUGGCUCUGGCACCGCAAUAGGCGUCCCGCACUGCCUUUUGGAUUGUGGGCUUCAGUUCAUCCGAUACAAGUGCAAUUCUUCAGUAUUUUUGUAACAGACUAACCGGGAGGAAAGUGUACGUACACAACAGCAAAAGAACAUAUCAUUUUAAAUUAGCCAUAGGAAAGCCCGAUGCCCGAUAUAAAUGCAUCGCUAGCCAUAACAAUUAUGUACUUACAUACAUAUUUACAUAAUCGUGUGUGUAAAUGUACCUACAAUAAUGUGUAAUAAUCGUAUUGGUAAUAUUAUGUGUUUCAGAAUGAACUGCAAAGAGUGAACGUAUAGGUAAAAAUUGUGGAGGAGGCUUAAGAGCGGUCAGGAACGAGCUUUGUAAAUACAAAUGAAAGAAUCAUUGUUAAUGCUUUGUUUUAUUUUCUACAUUAUUUAUUAACGCCGCAAAGCCACGCAAAUGGCAUAUCAAAAGUAGCAUUAGGUACAACAAGUGUUUCAAAAACAAAUUGAAGGCGACGACACACCAUAAUCAAACCUAAUAACUAUAAACUAAAAUACCCACAAUCGUAUGGAUUAUGUAUAACAAAAGUAGCUGCUAUGUAAAUAGGAUUUAAACACUAACCCAAACAGGCAACACAACCAUUUGUAACAACAUUCAAUUCAAUGUCCUCCAGCUUAAGCAAAAUGAAAUGUAUUCAAUAAAUGGAA